AUGGCUGUUGACAAGAUCAAGCCUUUCAACGAUCCUCGAGUACAAUUGCGUUCGGCUGUUCUCAAUGGCCUUAGCUAUGGCUAUCUCUACUCUGAGCCUCCUCCGUCUGUCGCUCGACGAGGUACUGUCCUGCUUAUACAUGGAUUCCCUGAUCUUUCCUUCGGAUGGAGAUAUCAGAUCCCAUAUUUAACUUCGCUCGGUCUCAGCGUAAUUGCGCCCGACUGCGUUGGAUAUGGUCGGACUGAUUCUCCUUUGCACACCUUAUCCGACUUUGGGUACAAACGAGCCGCAGAUGACCUGGCCACGUUAUGCGAGCAACUUGGUUUGACAAAGAUUCUUCUGGGGGGCCAUGACUGGGGCUCUGCUAUUGCGUGGCGGAUGACCCAAUACUACCCAAAGCUGAUCAGGGCCCUAUUCACUUUCUGCACACCUUACUUCCCUCCGUCACUUCGCUAUGAACCGCUCGCAAAUAUUAUACGCAAUUACAUGCCAAAUCUGGGCUACCAAGCUCAUAUGAUCUCUGGGGAAGUCGAAGACAAUGUCCGGUCGCGUUCUGAGAUCCGUGCCUUUUUGAACGCCGUCUUCAGCUCGCUCAAUUCCGCGCGCCUAGACCGACAAGCAGGCUUCGACGUGUAUCGAGGAAUCGAUUUUGGCCUUGUUUUGUCUGAGUCAUUUCCCCUUACCGACCUCGUUAGUAGUGAGGAGCUCGACUUCUACGCCUCUGAAUUUUCUCGCAACGGCAUCCGUGGCCCUAUGAACUGGUACCGCACUCGAGAAAUCAACUGGACAGACGAAUACGGAUUUUUCUUUGACCACGGCAAAAUCCCCAAACCGAAUCUCCGAUUCGGCGCCACCCACGAAAUAUUGUUUGUUCGAGCCACACACGACCCGGCUAUCACCGACGAUAUGGUUGCCCGCAUGCGGCCUAAAGUCGACAAGUUGACAUACCACGAUCUAGAGUGUGGACAUUGGAUGCUUUGGGAGAAACCAGCGGAAGUUAAUCGUAUUCUCGGGCAGUGGUUGGAAGAUAAGGUCUUCAAGGAGGAACUCGCCAGCAAGUUGUAA